AUUAAAAUCAUGGAGCGUAAAUUUUUAAAUGUUAUUUUGCUCGGUUUUGGGUUUAUGUUUGUGUUUACCGCUUUCCAAACUAUGGGGAACAUAGAGAAAACCAUAUUGGACAGUAUCUCACAGGAUGACGCAAGCUUCACUGGCGAUGGAUAUACUUCGCUGGCCAUCAUCUAUGCAACUCUUGCUGUUUGCAACUGGAUGGCUCCCUCCGUCAUUAGCAUCACGGGACCGAGGGGCGCAAUGAUCGUCGGUGCAUUAACAUAUUUAUUCUUCAUAGUAUCGUUUCUCUUUCCUCGCACGUGGCUCCUAUACGCGGCGAGUAUAUUGAUAGGCGCAGGAGCGGCCGCUAUAUGGACGGGACAAGGGAACUACCUGACGUUGAACAGUGAUGCUGAUACCAUAUCCAGAAACUCUGGUAUAUUCUGGGCGAUGCUGCAAUGCAGCUUGUUCUUCGGGAAUCUGUUCGUGUUCAUUAAGUUCCAAGGCAAGACGCAUAUCGAUCUGGAGACUAGGAAUGUAGUGUUCGGUGCACUGAGUGGGGUCUGCGCCGUGGGAAUCGUCUUCCUUUUACUGCUGAGACCGACCAGGCGCGCUCCUGCCGUUGAUGAUGUAAAGAGUGAGAUGGCUGUGACUGAUUCCGAGGGCCCUAUGGAGGCUUUCAAAGGUGCAAUCAAACUAUUCUGCACCAGUGAUAUGAUCCUAUUGAGUGCUGCUUUUAUUUAUACAGGAGUAGAGUUAUCCUUCUUCAGCGGAGUGUACAGUCCGAGUAUUGGUUUCACUCUUGCGAUGGGUGAAAAUGCGAAGCAACUUGUGGGUCUUUCUGGAGUGUUCAUCGGUAUGGGAGAAGUACUUGGUGGUGCAUUGUUUGGUAUCCUCGGUAACAAAACAACGCGAUGGGGUCGCGACCCCGUGGUCAUCAUGGGCUACCUGAUUCACAUGACUAGCUUCUUCCUAAUCUUUAUCAACCUGCCAAACGCUGCGCCCUUCGGGGACACCAUGGACGUCUCCUACAUUACUCCUUCGCCCUACCUAGCCAUGCUCUGCAGUUUCCUCCUGGGAUUCGGGGACGCGUGCUACAAUACUCAAAUAUACUCAAUGUUGGGCGGAAAGUAUGCGGACAAUAGCACAUCCGCGUUCGCGCUGUUCAAGUUUACUCAGUCUCUCGCGGCGGCCGCGUGUUUCUUCUACUCGUCGCGCGCGCCGCUGUCGGCGCAGCUGGGCGCGCUGGCCGUGCUCGCGACCGCCGGCACCGCCGCCUUCUGCCGCGUGGAGUGGCGCACGAGGGCCCGCGCGCGAGCCGCCGCGCUCGAGGCCGUCGACAAGCUCUCCCCCGCCACGCACUCGCUCGCCGACAACACGCUGCACUACGACUGAGCGGACACCUCCAGCCCGCUCCUGGCGCCCUGGUCACUCCGCUAAGAAUACUUCUAUAUCCUAGAACACCUCCCGCUCAGUCCUAACGUCCUGUUAUCUCUGCGGAGAAUAUUUGUAGUGAUUGUUUACAUUACGAUAACUUAAUUUUAUUAACCUAGUCUGAACACUAAGUUAAGCCUGAAUUAAUGACGAAACUUUUCGUGUGGCUGCAAUAAUAUCAUAGGUCAUAGAAGUUAGUUUGGUCAUUGCUAUUUGAUACUUAAUAAAAUUACAACUAAUACUACAAAUGUACUUUUGUCUAAUAAUAAUUUUUUAAAUUAUACGUACUAUUAAAUCAACGUAAUAAAAACUAUUUGUUUAGUUAUAAGUACAUUUGUUGAAGGUUCUUCGAUGAAAGAGAAUUUGAAAAAAAUAAUAUUUAAUCUAUAUUUUCAAUGAUCAAACUUUUAGUUCAACAAUUCUACAUAGAACGGCCAAGUAGUGAUACAAGACAAGAUUUUAUUUUUUCAAGUUCAAUUUUUGUGAGUCAGACUAUAUUGACUUUUUCCUGUACAAUGGUUAUGCCCUCUUUCAGCCGAUCAUGCAAUGCAUUUAUUUUAAUUAAAAUAAAUGCAUCCUGGCGCAUCUUGUAUCUUAUACUGCGACGUUAGAAAAUUAUGUAUAAAGGUUUUACAUAUCUUUAUAAUGUUAUGAUUCCGUCUGAUUUGGUUCCUCGCAUUAAAAUAAGUGUAUACUGUUGUAUAAAAAUAUUGUUUCAAACAAAAUGGACAUGCUAUGUUGUUAAAACAUUUAAAAAAAAACAACUAAGGUGUAACUAAUUGUAAAAUCAAAAUAAUAGCUUUGUAUAAGUUUUUAAACUUUCGCGGUAGUUUUGUAGGAAAUCUAUACAUAGUAAUUUUAGAAAAAAAAUUUUUUUUGUUGUUUGUAUAGUUUUCUUUUGUUAAUGAUUUAAGUGUUCUGGCUUCGACAGUCCACUAGCUAGCGUAUAAAAUGUUUAAUUCAUACAUUCCAAGUAUUUGUGUGUGUAAAUAGUUUGAAUAAACAUUUCAUAGUUAUUUAUAUUAGUCAUAAUUUUAUUUGACUGACUGUAAUAAGGAAUGACGAUAUCCAUAAGGGAACUUGAGACAAUUAAAAAAUAUGAAACAUGAUAAACUUUUUUCGAUGAUCUCAAAAACUUUUAUUUUUAUCAAAUUUUAUCUUUGGGACUAAAGUUUACAAUUAAACAUAUAUAAAUACUAUAAAUAGAAUUAUUGAUUAAAAAUGUAAAUAAGUUUUACGACAUGCUUAAGACAAAUCUAUAACCUCUUUAACUAAUCCCUUAAUUUAAUGUGGAAGUGUUAAUUAAAGAAAACAAGGUUCGAAUUUGUUAGUAUUAUAGAAAAUUUGACUGAAUAAAGGUGCGGGGCCACAAGGUAAGUAAAAUAAUGUAGCAACAUCACUGGAUAAAGUAUUAUGUAAGCUUUUAAAACUUAUAAUUAAAUAACUAAUCCUAUAACUACACAUUAAAAAUAAAUUUUACCUGUUUCUAGAAACAGCAGUUAUUUGUUUGCAAAAAUCUUAUUUUAUUAUGUAACUUGGUAUCGUUAAUGUAUUGUAAUGACAAUUUUUGUAAGUUUUGUUUAUAGUAUUUACUAAAAUAUUUUUAACUAAAAUAUUGUUUAAAAAAUAGUAAAUUUAUUUUAUAAACUAACUAUUACUAAUCUAAAAUUUAACAUAUGCAAGUUGUAUGAAAUCAAAUUCUAUAUUACUAAAAUCGUAAUAUGGAAAAUCCAAGAAAUACAUUCCAGUCAAUGCAAUUGAAGCAAAUAAAAAAAAAACUAUUGUAUAUAAUUCAAGUACCUACAGUACUAGUACCUACAUUCCUAUAAAUGUUUUGUUAUAAAUAUAUUCUUAUGUUUUUUUUUUUCAACAUCGAAAUCCAGCCAGCAAUAUCGUCUAGUCACAUAAGGAUUUUUUAACUGUUUUAAAUAUUGUAUAAUAUUCAUUUCUGUUUCUAAAAUUGUUUUCCAUGAAAUAGUGUAAUUUUACAAUAAAAUAUAUAUUUUAUUAA